UUACAAUCCAAGUCACCAAAUUUGUAUUUGUAUUACACAACACUUGUCUUCCACCGACAAGGCCGUUUUUAAAGAUAUAUUUUAGGAUCUUAAUAAUCAUUCCCCAAGACCCCAACAGUUACGCGUUUUCCUUCUUCUUCUUCUUCUUCACUCCCUCGCUCGAGUCGGCAUCUGAGAAAGAGAAAAAAAACUCGCCAGAUUCAACCGUGUCAACUCAGUUAACAACAAUGCUGGAGCGGUGCCUGGGACCUCGGCGCGUCCGGCAGAUGCAGCGCGGUUGCCGCCACAGCACGGUGACGUUCCUCUGCCUCUUCCUCACGUUGGUCGUCCUCCGCGGCACAAUCGGCGCCGGCAAGUUCGGCACGCCGGAGCAGGACUUCAACGAGAUCCGCCACCACCUCUCCGCCGCCCGCGCCCGGCGCGUCCUCGAAGAAACCAAACCCGAAUCAUCCUCCGAGUCCAAUUCCAAUUCCAACAACUACGCCACCUUCGAUCUCUCCAAGAUCCUCGUCGACGAGCCCCCCUCCGACGACGAAAAACCUAACCCUAACGCGCCCUACACCCUCGGCCCCAAAAUCUCAAAUUGGGACGAACAGCGCGCUUCAUGGCUAUCCAACAACCCGGAUUACCCGAACUUCAUCGGACCCAACAAACCCCGCGUCCUCCUCGUAACCGGUUCGUCCCCGAAACCGUGCGAAAACCCGGUCGGAGACCACUACCUCGUCAAAUCGAUCAAGAACAAGAUUGACUACUGCAGGGUCCACGGGAUUGAGAUUUUCUACAACAUGGCUCUUCUGGACGCUGAGAUGGCAGGGUUUUGGGCCAAGCUUCCGUUGAUUCGGAAGCUCUUGCUGUCUCACCCUGAAGUGGAGUUUCUCUGGUGGAUGGACAGUGAUGCAAUGUUCACCGACAUGGCCUUUGAGGUUCCCUGGGAGAGGUAUAAAGAUUCGAACUUUGUGAUGCACGGGUGGAAUGAGAUGGUGUAUGAUGAGAAGAACUGGAUUGGGUUGAACACUGGGAGUUUUCUGUUGAGAAAUUGUCAGUGGUCUUUGGAUAUUCUUGAUGCUUGGGCUCCAAUGGGGCCUAAGGGGAAGAUAAGAGAUGAAGCUGGGAAAGUGCUCACUAGGGAGCUUAAGAAUAGGCCUGUUUUUGAAGCUGAUGAUCAAUCUGCAAUGGUUUAUUUGUUGGCAACUGGGAAGGAGAAAUGGGGUGACAAGGUUUACCUUGAGAAUCACUACUACUUGCAUGGUUAUUGGGGGAUUUUGGUGGAUCGUUAUGAGGAGAUGAUUGAGAAUUAUCACCCGGGGCUUGGGGAUCAUAGGUGGCCUCUGGUGACCCAUUUUGUAGGGUGCAAACCUUGUGGGAAGUUUGGGGAUUACCCUGUGGAGAGGUGCUUGAAGCAGAUGGAUAGGGCCUAUAACUUUGGUGAUAACCAGAUUUUGCAGAUGUAUGGGUUCACUCAUAAGUCCCUUGCUAGCCGCAAGGUGAAGAGGGUGAGGAAUGAUACUAGCAACCCUCUUGAGGUUAAGGAUGAGCUUGGAUUGCUUCACCCUGCUUUCAAAGCUAUCAAGCUCCCUUCGUCUUGAUAAGAUCGAGGAGGUUUUAGAUUACGGAAAAUUACGGACAAAUGCGGCUGAUGCAGCUGCAACUAUGGUGGUGUUGUGGUUGUGGUGACUCCAGAAACCUUGAUGUUGCAGCCAAAAUUGCGGUCAGCUUCGUUUUUUUAAAACCUUGGUGAUGUCGGUGUGGGCUACUUUUCCUAAUUCACACUACUACUGCUACUUGAUAUUCAUUCAUAUGCUGCCACUAUUCUACUAUCAUUGCUUUGCAGUUGCGUAAGACGAUGAUGAUGAUAGUGUUAAAAAUUGUAAUCUUUAAUUUAUUUUGCUUUUUUAAGUUAUAGUGAUUUUUUUGAAAAGAACAAAUGCUCUUCUUCUCUACUGUGCCUUUUCUAACCCUGGACUCUGUUGGUUCAUUUUGUGGAUAAAUUGAUUGAUAAGGAAUUGUAUAAGUUCCUUUCUAUAUUUUUGGAUGAA